AUGGUCGACAAUGAGGAGGGCUGGGAUAACUUUGGCGAGGAGCCGCAACGCUACGACGGCGCAGAAGACGCAGCGGAUUUAUACGCUGAAGAGACACUUGCGACAGCGCAGGCAAUUACAACUGAAGAUGACGCACUUCGCUUUGAUAGCGUGAAGGAGGUGACGGUUCUCUUGCGCUCCGCAUACAUGAGCCGGAUGCUGCAGAAGCUGAGCGACUACAGCGAACAAGAUGAAGUGAAGAAGACCAUCUUACCGGAAGAGCCCGAGUACCAAUUUGUCAUUGAUUCUAGUACACUUGUUUUGCGUAUUGAGGUGGAGAAGAGCAAAGCUGCUGUGUACCUGCGGGCACACUAUGGACAACGAUUUCCGGAGUUGGCCAUGUUUUUUUCAGACAGUGUGCUUUACGCCCGUAUUGUGCGACUGGUGCAAAAUAACAUGGAUCUUUCCGUUAUCAUUGACCAGCUGGACGAGUUGGUGCCGUCACAGCUUACUGCGGUUGUGAUUGCCUGCGCCUCCACGACUGCGGGGCGGGAGUUAAGUGAGGAGGAGCUGCAUCGUGUCCUCGAGGCCUGCCAGGAGAUUGACACCCUCGAGGCGGCAAAGCAGACCUUUCUGGAGUACAUUCAACGCUCCAUGCCUCUGAUAUGCCCAAACCUUUGCGCCUUUUUGGGGACGGGUAUUACAUCACAGCUGUUUGCCAUCGCCGGUGGUGUCACUGCGCUCUCCACGAUGGACUCUACGGAAUUGGCGAAGCUGGGUAGUAAACGCGCCGAUGAUUCUGGUGUUCUACUCAGAACAACGGGUUUUCUCAGUAACUCGGACCUUGUUAUUAAUCACCCACCACAGAUGCGACCAAAGGCACUGCGUCUUGUGGCAAACACCGCCUCUACACUUGCACGCAUUGACGCCAAUCGCAGAGCCGCUAGCCAACAGGAGGGCUAUCGUCAACGCGAGAUGGUGCGGUUAAAGAUGCUGUCGUGGCUAGACCCACCGGUUAUCCGUGGGGCAGCAAACAACACAUAUGCACGGCGCGGUAGAAAGCGGCCGAGACGGCAAACACGGUAG